AUGGCUGCUGUCUGCGAAGGUUCAUCCACUUGCUUGAAACUUUCCUGCGAAUUGCCGAAUUCUUCUAUCAUUCUUGUGACAGUUGUGUUGCCCCCUGAUCUGGGAGAAUACCAGAAGCUACACCGUGCCGCAGGUCUGGCCCCCCCCCUCGCUCGGUUCGCACCCAAAUACGAUGAGGGUCAAUGCCCCGUUUGUCGCGUCACCGACAGAUGGCGAGAAGGCUGGCAGGUCGACUCUCUUCGUAUCCCAGAAGUUUCAUACGAUGAUAUCUUCGAUGACAAGGACCAGGUCAAGAUGAAUGAAGUGUAUCUCACGAUUUUUGAUCACUUGUUGCACCCAAGCUCGUCUGGUCUGAUCAAGAUCACGAACAUGCCACCACCGAACUUCGAAGAUGAGCUGAAUCAUGUCGACAAUUUGAUCACGUUGAUUCUUAAGAAGCUAUUUGGUUCAGUUUUUGUCCACCCAACUCGUGGAAACGACAAGUCCUUCAACGUGUCUUCACGCGCCGCCGAGGCAGAGAAGCGCAAGGAGCUACCCAACUAUGACACCGACCAGGGUACCAGUGAGAAUACUUUUGUUUCUGUGCCCGCCUCGCUUGAAACUCUGAAGCAGGAAGCGCCGGAACUGUAUGAGUCUCUGUUGAACACGCCGAUGGCGCUUGGACGCGUUUCCGGUUUCUACGGCCAGGAUGUAUAUCAGAUGACUGUCGAUACAGCUGUUUCAAUGGUACCCGGCACCAAGGACUUCAAGCGCAUUCGAUGGCAUCCUAAUUUCAUCGCUAACAUCCUUGGGCCAUACGAUGGGUAUUUGGAGGCUCGGCGCGCACAGCAGAAAUUUCUCGAGAUCAUGCGUCGUCCAACACACCAGCUUAGCCUCAAACUUUCUCCGGGCGAUAUGUUCAUCUGGGAUAACUACCGUGUACUUCAUGGACGUGAGAAGGUUCAUGACACUCCACGCACCGGUGUUGGCCAGACUGUUUCCGAGCAGGUCGUUCACGACAAUUACAGAGCCCUAGUGAUUGAGUUGCUCCGUGAUCGAAUCAAUGAUCAGUGGUUGGUGCACUUGCCCAUGCACCAGUUGAGAGAGGUACUGCGGUUGUUCCAGGAGGAACGCUAUAGCCCCGCCAGUUGA